AAAAACAUUGUAAUAAUAAUUGUUACGGCGACUAUCCGAGCACCGUUCGUGCGUGACAAAACUUCUCCUGGUCGCCAGUGCUAAUGAUUAAUUACGUGUCGACGCGAUUCAUCCAAUGCUUUUCACAAUAAAUACAUUAAUAAUAGUUAUGUUCUGAUUUCCAAGUGAAUAAUUUUGAACGCACUACGUACUUCGGUAAUACACACUAAUAGUGGUUGAUAAUAGUCAUCGAGCUGUGCACGGAGACAACUACAGGGAAAUUAUGGUCAAAUCCGACUGCGGUAAGUGCAAGAACAUCUGAGUGAGAAGAUCGAGUGUUCCGAGAGUCGAAUGACCCAACAGCAGCCACCUGAGGUGUCAGUUAAACGGCGGGAACAGCAGCACAAGUGACAGGCACCCUCAAUUUUUUGAUGUUUGAUGAUCAACGUGUACAGCAUGGACGAUGAAACUGAUCUUGGAGAAACAUUGGCUUCAAACCUGGACCGUUCACCUAACACCUCUUCUGUCUUGUCAAAAGCUGACAUGAUAUCUGGGAAUCAAAUACUCGAUAAUUGGUUAGGUUUAAGCGUUCAUUGUACAACCUCUAUUGAUGAUUAUUGUGAUGGGGAUUUGGAACAUCCCGAUUCAGAUCCAUCGCCAUCUACAUCUGGAUUAUCAUAUGAUUUAUCUACAUUUCCAAAAACACCAUCAGCAAUGUCCAUGUUUUAUCCGCACUUGAAUGGUUAUGAUAUUCAUCCAUUACUUUUGAAUCAAAGGCGGCGUCAAAUGGAGCCACCCAUUAUAGAUCCAUUGAAUUUACCACCACAUCCACUUAUGCCUGAUAUCCCACGACAAAUGAUCCAUAAGACUAAGAUACGAGCUAAAGUAUCUCACAGGCGACCAGAUUUUACUAAUGGCCAGUCACCAAACUGUGAACAAUCAUUGAUUGUAGAAACAGACAAAUGUCAGCGCAAGACUUUCUACUGUGUAGCAUGCAGUAAAACAUUCAAGUUCCAGACAUCAUUAUUGCGACACAAUAAUAAAGUACAUAUUAGUAAAUAUCAAUGUCAAUCAUGUCAUCGUGUGUUCUCAAGACAGGCAUAUCUUGAUGUACACACAUCAAAACAGGGAAGUUCAUGUUACCUGGGUAAUGGAUAUGCCAUUACCAAGUCGAAGAAAUAAUUUUCUCUCUUCAAGGAAUCUUGAAGUAUUUAACCAAAAAUAUAUACUUAUUAUAGACUAGAAUAAGUUUAAAUUCUCACAUGUUAAGUGUGCCUCAGAAAUAUAUAUUAAAUUAUACAUUUUA